AUGCCCACUAUUCAGAACCUCCAACCUUUCAUCCCCUUUGCUGAUGCAACUCAGGUUGACAACUUACUCUCAGCAGGGGAUGAAGACUACAUACAUAGAAAGAUUCAGACACAAAAUGGCAGAAAGAAGCUAGCUAGUGUUAAGGGGAUUUCAGAUUACUAUGGCAAAAAGAAGCUGGUGAAAACCUUCAAAAUUUGCCCAUAAUGGUACUGUGAACAUCCUGAAUAGUGGGAAGUGAUCCAGUUGCAAGGUAACCAGAUGAAGAACAUUUGCCAGUUCCUCCUGGAGGCUGACAUUGUUAAGGAAGAGCAGUUGAAAGUUCAUGGCUUUGAAAAUGUGUCUUUGUUUAUAUGA